GAACCGAUCUCCUCCUUUUAAGUUCAUUUUCUAUCUCUCAUCUGACCCCAAAACACACACAAAGAAAUUCACAGUUUUCUUCGAAACAAAGAAUAUCUUGGAGAAAUGGCAAAACCAUUAGGACCAACAGGAGAGUUCUUCAAAAGACGGGAUGAAUGGAGGAAGCAUCCGAUGAUUGGGAAUCAAUUUAGGCAUGCUACACCUGGUCUUGGUAUUGCUAUAGUUGCUUUUGGUUUUUAUCUCGUUGGUGAAGCUGCUUACAACAAGUUUUAUGCCCCUUCUGCUACUUCUUCUUCUCAUUCUCACUAAACAGAUCUCAUUUCAGGCAGAAAUUUUCAGGGAUGGAAUGAAACUUAGAUUGCCAUUGCACGAAAAUAUGUUUAUGGGAAAGAUUGAAACUUGACAUUCUCUUAUGUUUAUUUCCUUACCCUUGUUUUUGUUUUUCUUUAAUGUCGGCAUUGACUUAAGUUUCAUUGACGUGAACGGCAAUCUUUAGUUGAUUUGCUUGCUAAAUAAGUUGUGUUGCAUUUGUACAAGAAAUUUACAAGCUGAUGCUGCAUGAAAAUGUGCAUUCAUUUAGUGUCUCAUGUAUGAACACCCUUAGCAACCUAUUGCUGCUUCAUGAAAAUUGAUGUGUGAAUUAACAUACUGGAUCAAUUGUAAUUUAUGCACGGUUAUGUUUU